AGCAGCACCAACGGCAACAAUGUCGAUAAAAUCGGCAGCAGCAGCAGUGGAAGCAGCAUCAGCGAUCUGACCGAAACCAAUAAAAAAGAACAAGCGUCACCUAAACCAGCGCCCAGGCCAGCACCGCCAUUAGCGACUUUGCCGCGUCCAGCCAAAACCCGCACACACCCGCUUCCCCAAGAGAAACCUAAGCCGCCGCCAGCGCCAGUUCCAAAGCCAUCGCCGCCGCCGUCUGUGUCGCCAUGGCUCAAGCACAUCCACAAGCCAAACUCAUCCCCAUCCCAACAAUCGCCAACGUCGAAAUCGAAAUCAAAAUCAAAAUCACCAACGUCGAGUUUUCUGCGCAAACCACGCAACUUCGUCCACCAAAUACCGUACUUCCGCAGCUCAGCCAAAAGCAACCAGACCCAGCUAAGCAACAGUCUUCCCCGCCGUCCGUCGCUGACAACACAACGUAAUAUCAGCGACGACCACAGUAUGGAUACCCUCUACAGCGAAUCAUGGAUUGCUCAGCCCAAGAUUCCGAAAGCCGGCAGUAUGGAUGAGAAGCCUUCCUUCCAUGAUGUUUCACUCAAGGAACCGUCUCUGGCGCCAUCAUCGCAGCAGGCGGCGUCUGUCAGGAAACAGUCGCACUCGUGGGAGUAUAAUACACGGGAUAGCCUCACUGGAUGGAUGAUUGUGUUCUGGGCUUUUCUCGCAAUGUUCAUCUCGCUGUCAACGCUGUUCAGCUACCCAGUGUACGAAUCGUACUACGAGGCAACUAACCGAAACUCGCUCACAGAAGCCAUAAAUGGCAACCCACUACUUCUCGCGGAUUUGCACAGACCGCAGGGCGAAUUCCCUGCUUCUGCCUGGCGGUUCAGCCACCGCGCAACAACCUACGGCGUCCUCAUCGGCACACUGCUCAUUGGGUUUGCCCUCCUAGGCGCGCUUCCCGCAGGAAUCCUAACAGACAACUUGGGCGCGCGGGCAAGCUGCUUUUUUGGCACCUUUCUUCUCACUGUGGCACUCUUCGCCGCGUCUUUCGUCGACCAACUACCGAUCCUCUGCCUCCUACAAGGCUGUCUCGGCGGGCUCGGCGUUGGGCUCCUUUUUACACCUGCGUAUACCAUCCCAAUGCAGUGGUUUGACCGGUACCGCGCGUGGUCCACUGGCUGUGCACUGUGCGGUGCCGCCAUUGGCACCCUGGCUUUGGCUGCAACCUACCAUUCGCUCCUAUGGAACCACGGGCUAGCCACGAGCCUGCGCGUCCAGGCGCUCCUCACACUCAUACUUGGUGCGCUCGCGUCCUGGGGGUUACGCCCGCGAGUACAUGUGCCGCGGGCACCACCCUUGGGACUCCAUGCCCGCGACGCGCGCCUGCCGGCUCUGAUGUUGCUCAUGUUAUUUGCCUCUGCCGCGCGCUGCAUUCAGCUGCUCUGCCUACCCUCCUUUGCGCGCACCACCACCGGUGGCAGUGAUGUAGACGGCACCAAUGUGCUCUAUGCGCUUUCCGCUGCAUCUCUCGCCGGUGUGCUUCUCGGUGCCCUUCUCUGCGACAAAUGCCCCGCCACAUGGCCGAUGCUCGGCCUCUCUGAACUCAUCACUGCUGUGCUCACUCUCUGCAUCUGGGUGCCGGCCAAAUCACUCGCUCCCAUGUUUGUCUAUGCUGUGCUCGCUGGUGUUUCCUCCGGGUCGCUCGCUACCGCACUGCCCAUUGUCUGCGACCGCUUGUUUGGCCAGAGCAGACUGCCCACAAUCCUUGGUUUUGUGCUUGCCGCCGGAUGCCCUGCGGUUUUGGCUAUAACCCCUGCUGCUAUAAAGUUUUCCACGCUGCUGAGUGAUGGGAAAAGCACUGCUUGGCUCACCGCCAUCUCCGGCAUCUUCUCGCUGCUUGCUGCUGCAGCGGGCUUUCUGCUACCUUUUUUGCAGAAACGAUACAACAAAACCAAUUAUUAAAGUUUA